UUUACAUACGUCCGGCAAAACGUAGGGCGAAAUUGCCGGCGCAGCUGUAGUAUGAUUCAGUGGACCUCGGCAUGUGCUUCUUCGGUCCACUGCCUAGGUAUUCAUUCUCAUGUCCCAGCUUUAUUCCGUUACUUAUUACCCAUACCGCCGGCUGUAAUAGAAGUCGUUAAUAGUGAGAUUUAGAACUUUUAUAUUCAUUGCGAGAAGCCAUAACUUUAAACCCUUUUCUUUCUAUCUACACCGGCACACCGGCUACACAGACAGACAAGGGAACCUCGACUACCACUACCGCACCGGCCGAGCCCGAAAUAUAGCGCAGAACGAGCGAUUCUCGCAAACCUACCUUAGUUACAUCACUACAAGCCGGUAUCCUACAUACAAUUGAUUGAUUGUUCAACCCAUCACCAACCGUCGUUCCCUUCUCACCCCUCUCCCUCGAUACCUAUACAAUAGUGUUAACAGCACACGCCAAAAAAAAGUCACAAUGGUUGCCGACGCAGUAAUUUACCACCCCACGGUGUCGCACUACCUAAAAUUCGUCGCGACAACCACGGGCCGCGACAAGCUCCUGCGCACAGUACAGUACUUCGCGCGCUUCUACGCGUGGUACCUGUACCGCACGAACGGCACGCGGGGCGAGAUCGCGCCGUACGAAGCCCUCAAGAAACAGCUCGGCCUGGCGCGCAAACUCCUACGUCUCGGCAAAAACGUCGAGCACUUCCGGGCCGCGGCCGUAGCCGCCGACGCUAUAAAGGCGGGAGGAGCCCAGGCCGGAGACCCGGUGCUUCGGUACGCGGCGGUGGGUAGACAGCUCGGCUAUGCGGGAUACUUGACCUUCGACGCGGCUACGGUCUUGGAUGCGCUGGGCGCGCGCAAGUGGGCCGGCGCGAAGAGAGCCCAGAAAGAGGCGUAUCGGUUCUGGGCGAUUGGCAUCUUGUGCAGUAUUGUUGCGCAGACGUAUACACUGUACAAGCUGCGGGAGCGCGAGGCCAAGGUUGAUAAGAAGGAGGGCGAGGGGGUGGUGGAGAGCAAGAGGAUUGCUAUCGAACGCAAUGCUAGUCGGAUCCAGCUCAUCUCGGAUCUGUGCGAUCUUACGGCGCCGACGGCGGCGCUGGGCUGGGUCGGAUUCGAUGAUGGGUUUGUUGGUCUGGCGGGUACGGUGAGCAGUUUGAUUGGCGUUUACACGCAGUGGAAGAAGACGGCGUAAGGAGGGGGGGGGGGGUCUACGAUCACUGAGAGACCAGGAGUAGGAGCCAGUGUCUUGGCGGGGAGAGGAACAUUUUGAUGCCGGGAAUCUGGGCAAUAUGUGGCAGCAUUGAGGCAUUCUACUCGAUGCAGGAGGGCGAAGUCGCAGUGUACAAAAAUAGCAGUUUCAAAUCCGGUUCCUAACCUAGAUGAUAGAUAUCGAGCUAGGAAGAAAGGAGUUUGCGACGUAGGGAGUUAACUGGUAGAAUUUUGAUACGAGUUGGAUGGAAGUAUUUCUCUAGUUUUUUAGAAAGAUUGACAUGAGGUUUGAUGUGUUGAAAUUGGAGUUUAUCGUGCAUUGCUGGAAGUUACUGAUAUGGUAGAGUAUUAGUCUUAUCUCGUAAAGAUUGAUACUUACAUAUGAGGUUAGUUUGUAGGGAAGUGAGCUACUAAACCAAGACUAUUGCAAAGGAACACUUUGUGAUGACUAUAAUUACCUAUGCUUAACGCUAUGUUCUCUCUAUCUCUUUUCUUUUACAGAAGACGAAUUGAGGAGAUAAAAAAUAAAUGGUAAUAUUAAUUGUAAUCAAUGG